AUGUGCUACAAAAUGAAGGUGUGCCUCAUUCUCAGAGACAGCCGCUCCUUCAAGAAGUGGCCUGUGGAAUACCGCUGGGACGAGGCCUGCAGCCGCAGCUGCACCACCGGACUGCCCGGCGUUGCCGAGGAGGAAGGGGCGAGAGCCAGCGGAAGCGGCGUCCUCCACACCGUGAAGCACGGCGCCGGCAAACUCGCCAGGUACGUUUUGGCCCACUCCGUCGGCCGCUGGCUGCUCUACCCCGGCUCUGUGUGCCUCCUGAACAGAGUCCCCCUCUCGUUGCUGGUGCACGCCCGGACACGUCUCAUGGAAGAUUUCUGUGGGAAACGGGCCAAGCUGCUUGCCCGCGAUGGGAACGAGAUCGACACCAUGUUCGUGGACCGGAGGAAGAAGAGGACGCCGGGGAGAAGAGGGAAGACGUUGGUGAUCUGCUGCGAAGGGAACGGCAGCUUUUAUGAAGUGGGCUGCUUUGUCACGCCGCUGAAGGCUGGGUACUCCGUCCUGGGCUGGAACCACCCGGGCUUUGCGAGGAGUACGGGCAAGCCCUACCCCCAGAAUGACUGCAAUGCCAUGGAGGUCGUGGUCCAGUAUGCCGUUCAUCGGCUCAAGUUCAGCCUGCCAGAGAUUGCCAUCUACGGCUACUCCUUGGGAAGCUACACGGCCUCGUGGGCCGGGAUGGCCUACCCAAAGCUGGGCGCUCUGGUCCUGGACGCCUCCUUUGACAGCCUGCUCCCCCUGGCCGCGAAGGUGAUCGGGAAGACCUGGAGGACGCUGGUGAAGCAGACGGUGGCAGAGUAUUUCAACCUCAACGUGGUGGACAUGCUCUGCCAGUACCCAGGGCCAGCCCUGCUGAUCCGAAGGACCCUCGACGAAGUCACGAGCACCGAGUUCAGUCCGGAGACCCACCUCCCCCGCAUCGGGACCAACCGGGCCAACGAGCUGCUGAUGCAGCUCUUGAGGUCCCGGUACCCCAACAUCAUCUCCGGGAACGAGGAUGUGGUGCGCCACUGGCUUGCAGCCGACUGCCCCCCGCUGGAAACCCUCAUCUACAGCCACCUGUACAAGGUUGACGACACCUGGUGCCUCAACAAGCUCAAGUACUUCAAAUCAAGCCUUGGACCGAACACCGACUUCCCUUGGAAAGUCGGGAAAAAACUAUCAGCCACAAGGAAGAAGCAGCUGGCGCUGUUUUUGGCAAAGAAGCACUUGAAGAAUGUGGAGACCACUCACGGGCGAACUUUGCCACCAGAGGAAUUUGAGAUGCCCUGGAAACUCUAG